AUGGAGAAACGAAUGCAACAGCUUUCUUUGAACGAUACAUCUUCUGAUAAAAAUAAAACAAACCAAAAAGGAUUCAAUUCAAGGUCAAAAUCCGGUAAUAAAUUUUGGGAAACCAGAGCACUAAUCAAUAAACGAAUAAAUGAGUUGGAGGCGGAUUAUAUAGAAUUAAGCAAGCAAAAAAGUAGUUUAGAUUACGAUGAUGACAAUCUAACUGAUGAUUAUGUAAAAUUGAAUAUGAGAAUAAACGAUGUAAAGGAUCAACUCAUUAUUAUGGAUGAAUUAAACAAAGUUCAUUUAUCUGAUGUGAAAAAAAUUCAGCGAGCAAUGAAUAAGCAAAGAAUGAGAAAUAAAAAGAAUUUAAUCAAUCGAAUGGAAGAUUUUCAACGUUACAAAGAACUUCUAUCAUUAAUGCAAAAUUGUGAAGUAAAAGAAGCAUUUCGUAGUAAAACCAAUGGAGCUAUAAAAUUAACGGAAGACGAAUUGGACUAUUUACGUUGGCUAAAUGAAGAAUUUCAUCCAUCAAUAAAUUCCGUUGAAAAUAAUGCAAUUUGGCGCAGAAAAUUACAUGAGAGUACUUUGAAAGCAAUGGAAAUUACAACUGGCUCAAAUAAAGAAAUCUAUAAUUCUUGGACAGGUAGCGAUACGAAACGUUUAUUAGAACGAAUUAGCAAUUGUGGAUUUUUCAAGAGCCGUACAAUGUGGGUAAAUAUGGAAAUUUUUAAUCGCAUUAACGCUAGCACAUUUCUACCAUUUGGACCAUACUAUCCUCAUCCCUACUACACUUACUACUACAAUCACGAGAAUGCAUUUGAUACAGAUCAGAAAUCUAAUGCCGAGAUGACAUUAAAUGCUAACAAUGUCACAAACUGCAAUGAUCAAAGCCUAAACAAUAAUCUUGCCACUAAUUCAAAUGUUCAACAAAAUAAUUUACGAACGGAAAACAAUGGAUCAGGUGCGGAAGCAAAGAUCAAAGAAAAUUAUAAAUUCGUUAAAAGAAGCGAUAAACCGGACGAUUAUUAUCUUUGCUUUAAUUAUUAUCCUGCUCGUUUCACUUCUGAUGUAAUCAUACCGCCACCAUUGGCUCGACGACCGCCACCAGGAAUAUAUCGUUGUGAUAUUUGA